AUGUCCUCUAGCUUCUCCAAUAGCUUCGAGAAGCGCGUCAACGCUGAAAUGGACAUCUCUGACCACUCAGACGACCAGUAUGGCAGCGAGAAGAAGCCUAAACCAUCAAGUGCACACUACGAUGCGGAAGAGGUGGACGCAGAAGUGGCACAGAAGAAGGACGACCCGCCUAGAUUCUCAACGAUCUUUGGCGUGCCUACAACAGACCCAGCUCCGGCGCCUGCACGAGAAUUCGAGAGCUAUCCUGCACCGCGACCAAAGUCGGGUGUUCGAGUGCCUAUGGCCGUGGUUGUCGUAGUUGGCAUAAUUCUGCUCUUCGAGACCACGGCUCUCUUUGCAUUUACAGUGAUUGGGCUUUACAACAGUCUUCCUGCUCGACUUGUCGGAUCCAAUUGUGUCUGUCAUGACCAAAUUCCAACUGUCAAUAUUGCACCGAAUUUCGUGAUCGGACAGGCAUCUGGAGUGCAGACACAGACUGUAACGGUUGCCGGCUCACUCUCUGAUUUAACAAUUCCACCCAAGACUUCGACGACCUUAUCCACCGCCAGCAGCACAACAGCAGCCAAUGCAUCUUCGCAGGCUGCUGCUGGGCUCGCAUCGGACCUACUCGGCAUACUCCAUACGACACCCACCGCGAGUAGCUCGACAAAGCUUGUACCAGGUGUUGCCACAUCCACGGAGAUUCUGUCUCAGAUUCCUCCUCCUAGGAGCACUGUCAGCAGCGUCACCCGCAUCACGGUUGACCCGUCAGGUGCAACUAUCGCACCCAGGCCUACAGUGACUUCUACUACAGUCAUCGAUGCUCUGGCCGCUGCAGGGAGCACCAGCCUCGCAGCGAGGUCUGAGAGCAGUAACACGGAAGUGACGCUCCCAUCACCUUCGAGUUCGACACUUGGGCCGGCACCGUCCACACUGCAGACGAGUCUGGUGAGCAUAGUAGCGCCACCAGCAUCGAUCACGGUUGCUUCAUCAGCGGAUGCUUGUGCAUUGGUGGGGCGGGCGCAGUACAGCAAGACUGCUUCUAGGGAGAUGUAUGACUAG